AUGCGGCCCUAUAAUACUCGCCACAAGGCGCUCUCGUUGAGCUCCCUGGGCAUUCACGUCCCCGGGUCCAACGCCGCGCGCAAUCCUGCGAACCGAGCCUCGUCCAACGCCUCUCCCGUCUCGAUGGCGUCUCCCGCAUCGCCCUCAAAAAAUACCCAGCUGCCGACAAAACGAUUGAAGCGUGCGUACAGCGAGUCCUCGGAUGACACGCCGAUCGAGCGGUUGCCCAAGAAACGCGACGAUGCAGCUCGGCUUGAGCACACACCGCCGCCCUCACCGCCCGCUAAGCGCCUAUCUAUGGACAUGAGCGAAGACGACGAGCCCAUCACAAAAACAAUUGAUAUGGAGGGCAUCAAUGAUGAAAUUGUCGAGGCGGUUAUUGUUCAACUCCAGAACACAAGGAAUCGGCCGCACCUCGUCAAGGAGCUCGCCACCGUUUUGAUGCAGCAGCUCAAGAUCGUCCAGCAGUCUGCGAAUCCGUGCGCCAUUAUUUCAUCACGUCUAGCGACCUACCUGAAGCGACCGGGCUGGUCAGCCAUCGCCCCGUGCCCUCUGGCAAAAGAGCUCGAGUCUGUCCAUCCGCGGCGCACAUACUUCUACCUCACGACCUGCCCACAUCAGCCGCUGCCGGAUCCCGCACAGGCUUUAGCGCUGAGCCACCUCGUACAAAGUCGCGCCAUCAUCUCGCCGAGCCCGUCGAGCGCGCCGUCUACGGCGGAGGAUUCGGACGAGUCCGACACGGAAAGACGGCGCGAGCGCAGCCCGAGUCCCGAAGUCGACCUGUCGAGUCCCGAGCUCGACGACAUGGACGACGACUUUGCCAUGCCCAGCACCCCGAUUGGGUCCUUCUCGCUGCGCGGCGGCUUCUACAUGCCGCCGCGCCCGCUACACAGCGGGUCCGCGCGACACCACCACGGGCGCGCCGCGUCGCCGCCACUGGAGAAGGACGAGAAGGAGUUUACGCAGACGGCCGACGGGUUGCAGAAGCGGAAACUUACGGGCGACCUGGCGCUUGCGUCGUCGUCGAAUGAUGUCGACCAGACGGUGAUGAGCAUCGAUCUGGAUAGAGACGAGAGCUCGCUGUUCGGGGCCGUCACGAUGAACACCUCAUCGUUGUCGUUCGUCUCGAGCCCGGCCAUCCGGCCGUCUACGACCAUGUCCCUCAAUUUCGGGAGAAAGGACGGCGAGGUUGACAGCUGGGUUAAGCUUGAGGGCAUGCUCGAGUGGGACCGCAGUCCGGAGAACAUUGAACUCGAUGAGCUGGAUGGCCUCUUGGAUGACUAUUGA